GCCGUCCCUGUGUGUCACAGUCACCUUGAUUGACACAUGUCAAAGUUCUAACAAAGAAAUAACAAAAAAGAAAUCGUGAAUUGAGGGUGAAUUGUAGCUUAUUAAAAGGCUUCAGUCAUCAUGAAUUCGCCCCUUUUACACGCGGACUGUAAACGGGCCGUCCACGACCUCACAAACCUCAGUAAUGACGAACUUGAUAAAAUUAUGAACGACGAUGAACAAAUUGAAAAUAUUUUAGCAGGACUAGACCAGUCAUAUCUUAAAGAAAUCGAAAGUAAAAAAGAAAAAUUGUUGUCAGAUAAUAGCACAUUAGCUGAAGACAAUCUGUCUCGAGAACCUGAGUUAGUGGAAGGUCGUGAAAAGCUGCAACAGUUAAGUGAAGAAGCCGAAGAGUUGUCAAAAAAAGUUGAAGAAAAAGUGAAACAACUGAAGGGUAAAACGGGAGAUAUGUCACUUGAAACGUCUCUGGCUUUACUGCAGACUGCAGCCAGUGAAAUGGAAGAAGAAACGGACAAAUUAGUAAAGAAGUUUUUGGACAACGAAGUUGAAUUGGAGAGUUUUCUAGAGGAAUUUCUGUCAAAACGUAAAAUUGUGCAUUUAAGGCUAAUCAAAGCUGAAAAAUUAUCAAAGAUCUUGUCAAGGGACCCAUCUCUGGAUACCUACAUGAACGCACCCCCUGUUAACAUAAACACAAAUUACUUCCCAGGAGUACCAGCUCCUCAAGGUGUCCCUUACCCAAUCGGACCCAUCGGUAUGCCAAUGCCAGGCAUGAAUUAUUUUCAAAACCACUAACCUUCAAAUGUGAUAAUUAAGUACACUUCUUUGUUUUUUCCACAAGAAUAAUUUUAUUAAUAAAUUAAACUAUAUACAUUAUUUACAUUAA